UAUUUUUUUCUCCUUUCAGGCUUCGAACCGGAAACGUACUGGGAUCGAAUGCACCUUUUCCAGGAAGCCAUAGCACACAGGUUUGGGUUUGUGCAAGAUAAAUAUUCCGCCUCUGCUUUUAACUUCCCUGCCGAGAACAAGCCUCAGUACAUCCACGUUACAGGAACAGUGUUCCUGCAGCUGCCCUACUCCAGGCGCAAGUUCUCGGGGCAGCGGCGGCGGCGGAACUCCACGAGCUCCACCAGCCAGAGCAUGUUCUGUGAGGAGCGGGUUGGCUACAACUGGGCCUACAACACCAUGCUGACCAAGACGUGGCGCUCUAGCGCCACGGGGGACGAGAAGUUCGCUGAUCGGCUGCUCAGGGAUUUCACGGACUUCUGCAUCAACCGCGACAACCGGCUGGUCACGUUCUGGACAAGCUGCCUGGAGAAGAUGCAUGCCAGCGCCCCAUGAGGCCUGGCCGCGCCCGGGUCCAAGCGCAGGGAGGGUUUGGCUCUUGCUGUCCGUGUCCAGUAGGGGCAGGCAGGCUUUGGGCGGCAGGCGGCAGUGCCCCUGCCGGAGAGUGGGGGCCGUUGCUACUGGUUCUCCCCCACCCCACCCCACCCCACGAAUUGUUCUUCCCCUCGAGGAGAAAGACUCAGGAAGAAACGAGCGCUGAGAGCAGGUGGGAGGCCCAGAUGGUCCGUGGGAGGACCUCAGUACUGGGGGCGGGGGGUGAGCAGCCCCCAUGAAUAUCCUUGGAGAGGGGGUGGCUCCUGGGAGCAUCCUUUCCCUCUGCCAGCCAUGGGCUUUUCGGAGCCGUCUGCCACUUCCCGCCCGAAAGUGUGCACAGGAUGUAAGAUAAUUUUGUGAAAUAGUGUACCAUAGGCUCACACCAACUGUAUAUACCUGUACAUAUCAGAAGCAGGAAUAAAGUGCCACAUGCAGCAUC